AGCAUCUGAGGGCAGACAGGGCGCUAGUAGUAGAGCUUGCGUUGGUUGGCGGCGGAUCAAUACUCGCGGAGCUCACCCUGGCAGGCAGCUUUGCCAUUCUCUCCCUCGGCUCUGUGUGAGUGUGUCUGUGUUGCGUUGCUGUGCUGCUCGGGGCCACCCGCUCGCUCGCUUGCCCGCUCGCUCCACCGUCGGCCAGCCCGCAGCGGCCCCCGCACCGUCCCCGACCGCGCCCGCCCCCGGCCGGGGGUCUCGCAGCCCCGUUCGUUCGCCGUCCCCGCCGACCGACUGGAGGACUUUGGCACACGCAACGCCCAAGAACCACACCCUCGCGCCCAACGCAUUUGCAUAGUCGUGUGUGCGCCCAACACGGACGAAUGUGGGCCUUUUUUCCGAAAGACAAUCGGCCAGUGAUUUGCUAGCCUAAAUUUUUCUCCGCCUCGAGACGAUGCUUGCCAGGUGAUGGCAACACCAUUGCACUAGCAUCUAUUAUGGACACAGUGGUCCCGGUAUGGGCAUGUGCGUGGGUCCAUUAGUCGGCUAUAUCCGCGAGGCUGUGACCUGCUUACUUGCGCUCACCUCAGUUUGCAAUGUAUUCUUGUUGUUAUUCUUCGCAACCCCAGGCGUCAAAUGUUUCCAAGAUGCAGUACACAUCACUGCAAUCCUUGGAGAGUCGGUGGUGUUCAACUGCCACGUCGAAUUCCCAGGUGACCACCCGGUCCCGUAUGUGUUACAAUGGGAGAAGAAGGUAGGCGACACGGGACUGGAGAUACCCAUCUACAUAUGGUACGACAGCUACCCGACACACAGCGGUGAGGGCUACGAGGGCCGCGUGAGUAGAGUGGCCUCGGAUUCUCCAUAUGGGCUCGCCUCGCUCAAUCUCACUAACAUCCGCGAGUCGGACCAGGGUUGGUAUGAGUGCAAAGUCGUGUUCCUUAACCGUUCGCCUAACUCGCACAAGAACGGCACGUGGUUUCACCUGGAUGUCCAUGCGCCCCCACGUUUUGGUAUUACCCCAGAGGAUAUAAUUUAUGUUAACCUGGGGGAUUCGAUAAUUCUAAACUGCCAGGCUGAGGGUACCCCGACGCCUGAAAUUCUGUGGUACAAAGAUCAGAAUCCGGUGGAGCCCUCGGCCACCACUGGCAUCUUUAAUGAUGGAACUGAACUGCGUAUCUCCAAUAUCAGACACGAGGAUAUUGGAGACUACACUUGUAUAGCUCGGAAUGGCGAGGGUCAGAUUAGCCAUACUGCCCGAGUGAUCAUUGCCGGGGGCGCCAUCAUCAUGGUUCCACCCACCAACCAGACCAAACUCGAGGGCGAGAAGGCCCAGUUCUCGUGCGAGGCCAAAGCCCUGCCCGGCAAUGUCACCGUGAAGUGGUACCGCGAGGGCACCCCUGUCAAGGAGGUGAGUUCCCUAGAAACCAGGGUCACCGUCCGCAGGGAUGGCUCGCUCAUCGUCAACCCGGUCAGCGCUGACGACUCCGGCCAGUACACCUGCGAAGUCACCAACGGCAUCGGUGAACCGCAGGCCGCCUCGGCGCACCUCAACGUCGAGUACCCUGCGAAAGUCACGUUCACGCCCAUCAUUCAAUACUUGCCGUUCCGGCUAGCGGGGGUGGUGCACUGCUACAUCAAGGCGAAUCCGCCCUUGCAGUACGUCACGUGGACCAAAGACAAACGACUUCUGGAGCCAUAUCAAACCAAGGACAUUGUCAUCAUGAAUAAUGGUUCGCUUCUCUUCACGAGGGUGAAUGAGAACCACCAAGGGAGAUACACUUGCACCCCCUACAAUGCUCAAGGCACUCAAGGCUCGUCGGGACCCAUGGAAGUGCUUGUGCGAAAGCCGCCCGUGUUUACUCUGGAGCCAGAAUCGCUCUACCAACGCAAAUUGGGUGAGAGCGUCGAGAUGGUGUGCGAGGCGCAAGAAGCCGAGGGUACUCAAAAGCCGGUGAUCCAGUGGUCUAGGCGCGACGGCCAGAACUUGCAGCGCAAUAGAAUCAAAAUGAACGGCGGAAACCUUACAAUCGAGAAUUUGAGACGCACCGACUUCGGCUUCUACCAGUGUGUCGCGAGUAAUGAGGUGGCUACCAUUGUUUCGACGACGCAGCUUGUGGUCGAGGGAACCCAACCCCACGCGCCAUACAACUUGACGGCCAACGCCAGCGAAUUCUCGGUCCAUCUCACUUGGCUGCCCGGCUACAGUGGCGGACCAGAUUUCAAACAAGACUACACAAUCUGGUACCGGGAGACCGGGGCAAGCGACUGGUCGACCAUCCCUGUCACACCGCCAGGGAGCACUGAAAUCACAAUCCAACGCCUGACACCAUCCACAGACUACCAGUUCCAGGUGGUUGGUAAAAACUCGCUUGGUGACGGCAUGUUUAGCCAAAUUAUUGCUGUACAGACCAAAGACAUUUAUGACUAUAGUAAUAUUGUUUUUCCGACUGAUUCUGAUGGAGGAAUUUUGAUACCUCCUGUGAUGAGACCGAAAGGUCCAAAGCCAGGACCACCGAGGAACGUGACUGUCAACGAGAUUAGCAAUGGAUUUUUAAUCAACUGGCAAGCACCAGCUGAGCGCUCACACUUGGUCCAGUAUUAUACAAUUAGGUAUAAAACGGAUGCUCAGUGGAAGAUCUUGAACAAAGGGCAGAUAAGAGCUGAAGAAACAUCAUACUUAGUAAAAAACUUGGUGGGAGGCCGUACCUACUACAUACGUGUUUAUGCACACUCGCUCAAAAACUAUGAAAGUAGUGAUGAAGUCAAAUUCCCUGUCCCUGCACGAGUCAAGCAUAAGGCCAUUACUGCAGGCGUAGUGGGUGGAAUUCUAUUCUUCAUUGUGGCCAUCAUUCUGUCGGUCUGCGCCGUCAAAAUCUGCAAUAAACGCAAACGCAGGAAACAAGAGAAAGCCCUUUCUGCUGCAUACAACAUGGUGGCGUGCAGAACCACAGACCAAAUGAAUGGAGGUCAAGCAGCUGGCCAAGUGCCUUUAAAAAAAUCUAGCUCGCGCCGAAUACCAGCUGUGACCGUCGGGGCCGUAAAACGCCUUGGAGCCUUCUUCCUCUCCGGCCUCCGCCGCCCUCCUGAGAACCCAUCCCCCUCCCCAUCCCCGUUUGGCGCCCGCUCGACCGACUCAGAAGUGGAGCUACGGGCGUAUUACGUGCGUCGCGAGAUGGUCUACCCGCUGUCAAGCAUCGCGCGCGCUGCCGACGGCCGAUUCGUGCUCGACUCGGCCAGCAGCAGCAGCAGCGACGAGGGCGGCUUUGCAGCCGCGCACCGCGAGAUGCUAGGGCAGCCUGCCGGCUGGCGGCGGCCCAUCCUAGCGACGCCGAGCAUGCGAUCGGAGGCGUCAGGCGAGAGCCACACGCUGCCGCGGCAGCCACUGCGACACGCCAUCAUGCGCGCCUCGUCACCUGGUCCGCUCAGUACCGGCACCUGGCCCCUGCAUAACUUCAGCGACCUCAGCUCGGUGCGUCAGCCAAGCUCCAUGUUCAUGCCAGACGUUUCACUGCCAACGCCGAGCCAGGUGGCCAGUUCGCUGCGCUCGACGCAUGAGCGUUACCGACAGGAGCUGCCCUCGCUGCAGGCCAUCCACGCCGAGGUGUCGCCGCGGUGGCAGCACGUACGCGUCGACGUUCACCAGCCAGCACAGCACCGCCUCUCGGGCCGCCACGUGCACACGACGCCGCUGUUCCGGCCGCUGCAGCCUAGCAGUCCGGAACCCGGCGGCCAGUGGGCGCUGCUGCCGCGGUCGGUGCGGGCGCGGCCAUCACCCGGCAGCGGCGGCCGGCGCGCCGCGUUGCGACACGCUCGCUCCGCUCCAGAGCUACGUGGUGGCAGUCCGUCGCGACCGUCACCGCACGAGCUUUCGCCCGAGAGCCGCUCGAGCAGCAGCGGCUUCGGCAGCAAGAACAACUCUCAGCAGACGGGCAGCUCGUCGCGCUCACCGCCACUGCCGGGUCCCCCCUACCGUCCACCGCCCCCGCCACCCCUUGCCUCGUGGCUGCGCAAGCCGCUGCCCUUGUAUGUGAUGUCAGCGUGGCCACCACCGCCCUAUGAGUCGCCUACGUCGGCUGCCGGCCGUGACGCCAGCGUCGACGACCACUAUGAGUUUGAUGCUGACCUAAACACACCGGUGCCGACGCCGUCGCCGGGCGGGCCGUCGGACGCGUACAACACCUUUCUGAGCACCACCUCGCUCAGCCUGACCGGGUCGUCGUCGGCGGCCAAGCACCAGGACAUCGAGGCGCGCGUGCAGGCCAUGAAGCAGGAGUUCCAAGAGUACCGCGAACGGCAGGCGCGCCGCCGCAACAAGAGCCAGCAACAGCAGCAGCUGGAGAGUGCCUGCUGACACACGCCACAAGAUAUGGACUCAGAUUAGACUCGCCACCCACGCUCCACGACCCAAAGCAAAUAAAUUCUAAAAUAAUUGUGCAGCAGGUUUAGCGACGAAGUUUGUUGGUUGAUCGGUUGUUUGUUGAUUGGGUGAUGGAACUGACGUGUAGUUAUAUCAAUAAGUAAGCAUGUAAGUCACUCCAAUUACAAGAAGAACUUCUAAAACACGCAGUAUUUUAUAGUUAAUAUGGUAUUGCGCCUUGUACAUGUAUAAAUUUGAUAAAAAAGAAGAGUCUGUAAGUACCUCUAGCAGUCUGUGGCAGGUGAUUUAAUGUAUGGAAAACAAAAGUGUUUAGCAAAGAACAAUAUAUGAUUCUAAUUAAGCAGUUAAUUAAUGGACGAAGAUCAAAAAUUUUAAAACUAUAUGACGCAGAAGAAAUUCUACAAAAAUAGUAACGGGAGGUAGUGUAAGAGAACUUUUUCCCAAAUUCGCAGCCUCGAGAAUAUCAAUUUUGUUUCGACUAAGCGAAUGAGGCCACGAAAAUGUAAAAAAAACACACAAUAUGUUCAUGUUGUUGCAACACGCAGCGGAAUAGCCAUGAUUGGUUAACUUGUCUCGGAAAUGUAGCGACUCACAAACACACAAAAGAUACUUAAUUUUAUUAUCUACUUGCAUUUAUUAUAUUUAUUGACAUUAUUUAUUUUUUCAUUUUGGAAAUGACUAAAAGGAAAUAAAUAUAUUUAUUGGCAUUUGAAAAAUGUAAUAUACUUACAUUAAGUGAUGAUUUUGUUUUUUAAAAUGAAGCUAUAUUUAUUGUCUCGAUGAAAUGAUGUGUCUCGUUAGCACCCGUCCCCACCGCCAUUUAUUGUGUUCUUUGAUUUCAUUCCCCGUACGUAUCAAUUGCAAUCUCUAGCCUCCUUUUAGUUGGUUGUGCCCACUCUUUUUUAGAGUACAAUUAGGUGAGGAACACCUCACGUUAUGUAUAAAUUAUGGACACAAAAGACGAAUGUAUGCCUGAUGCAAUAUUCUCUGUCUUUAAUUCAAUUAUUAUUACAUUGAUAACGUGCAGGGAUGGUUAAUUAUCUAGUUGACAUAAAAGAUUGAGAAUUACCAAGAGAAAGAAAGAAAGAAUGCAACCAAACACUCUCUAUUCAUCUUUAUUCUUGUACAUUCCACUGCUGUAUGCAAGAGGGUAAUUACAAAAAUAAGACGACUCGUCACUACUCUCAGUACUUUGCUCACGAAACGUUAAAUUAUAUUGAAAAAAUACAAAAAGAGAUGAAAAGAAAACUCUAAAAAUUCCUUCAGACAAAAAUAGAGAUCAGUGCGUCUGCUCGCCACUAACAGUUUUUAGGUCUCGUAAAAUAUAAAUUACAAUUAUAUUGAGAAGAUUACCUCUUGUCAGCACAGUCCGGCUGGACGGUAGUGUGCCGGACAGUCCGAGCGUAGUUAUUUUGAUAUCGUUUGCGCGAGAGAUGGCAGGCAGGUAAACCCUGUUGUGACUAUAUUACAGAAAGUGAAGAUGGAAUUAUCUAAACGAACACUCCUCACUUGAAACAACAGAAGAGACCGCGCGAAAGGCGCCUCACAGUCCGUCGAGAGCCCUUUGGUGCGUUUGCGUCUGUGAGAAACUGAUCAAGAAAACGGCUCCAUCUUUAUUACUCUAAAAAGUUUGACUUGUGUACUUGUCAUUGUUGGCACAAAUUAUUGGCACAGUAAAGUACCAAAGAAUAAUGAUA